AUGGCUUCUGAAAAGAACAUAGCAGAGUCCGACAAUAACAGAACAGAUUUAGAAAUAAGCACUGCUAUUGACGAUCGGUCAGGAAUAGCAAGUAACAAUGGCAAUUUGGGAAACGCCUAUCUUAGUUUAGGAGAAUAUCAGAUGGCCAUUGGCCAUUACAAAACAGGUUUAGAAAUAAGCACUGCUAUUGGCGAUCGGUCAGGAAUAGCAAGUGGGAAUGGCAAUUUGGGCAAUGCAUAUCGACGUUUAGGAGAAUAUCAGAAAGCCAUUGACCAUUACAAAACAGGUUUAGAAAUAAGCACUGCUAUUGGCGAUCAGUCGGGAAUAGCAACUAACAAUGGUAAUUUGGGCAUUGCAAAUCAUAAUUUAGGAGAAUAUCAGAAAGCCAUUGACCAUUACAAAACAGGUUUAGAAAUAAGCACUGCUAUUGGCGAUCGGUCAGGAAUAGCAAGUAACAAUGGCAAUUUGGGCAGUGCCUAUCUUAGUUUAGGAGAAUAUGAGAAAGCCAUUGACCACUACAAAACAGGUUUAGAAAUAAGCACUGCUAUUGGCGAUCGGUCAGGAAUAGCAAGUGGGAAUGGCAAUUUGGGCAAUGCAUAUCGACGUUUAGGAGAAUAUCAGAAAGCCAUUGACCAUUACAAAACAGGUUUAGAAAUAAGCACUGCUAUUGGCGAUCAGUCGGGAAUAGCAACUAACAAUGGUAAUUUGGGCAUUGCAAAUCAUAAUUUAGGAGAAUAUCAGAAAGCCAUUGACCAUUACAAAACAGGUUUAGAAAUAAGCACUGCUAUUGGCGAUCGGUCAGGAAUAGCAAGUAACAAUGGCAAUUUGGGCUGUGCCUAUGUUAGUUUAGGAGAAUUUUGGAAAGCCAUUGACCAUUACAAAACAGGUUUAGAAAUAAGCACUGCUAUUGGCGAUCGGUCAGGAAUAGCAAGUAACAAUGGCAAUUUGGGCAGUGCCUAUCUUAGUUUAGGAGAAUAUGAGAAAGCCAUUGACCACUACAAAACAGGUUUAGAAAUAAGCACUGCUAUUGGCGAUCGGUCAGGAAUAGCAAGUGGGAAUGGCAAUUUGGGCAAUGCAUAUCGACGUUUAGGAGAAUAUCAGAAAGCCAUUGACCAUUACAAAACAGGUUUAGAAAUAAGCACUGCUAUUGGCGAUCAGUCGGGAAUAGCAACUAACAAUGGUAAUUUGGGCAUUGCAAAUCAUAAUUUAGGAGAAUAUCAGAAAGCCAUUGACCAUUACAAAACAGGUUUAGAAAUAAGCACUGCUAUUGGCGAUCGGUCAGGAAUAGCAAGUAACAAUGGCAAUUUGGGCAGUGCCUAUCUUAGUUUAGGAGAAUAUGAGAAAGCCAUUGACCACUACAAAACAGGUUUAGAAAUAAGCACUGCUAUUGGCGAUCGGUCAGGAAUAGCAAGUGGGAAUGGCAAUUUGGGCAAUGCAUAUCGACGUUUAGGAGAAUAUCAGAAAGCCAUUGACCAUUGCAAAACAGGUUUAGAAAUAAGCACUGCUACUGGCGAUCGGUCAGGAAUAGCAAGUGACAAUGGCAAUUUGGGAAACGCCUAUCUUAGUUUAGGAGAAUAUCAGAAGGCCAUUGACCAUUACAAAACAGGUUUAGAAAUAAGCACUGCUAUUGGCGAUCGGUCAGGAAUAGCAACUAACAAUUGCAAUUUGGGCAAUGCCUAUCGAUGUUUAGGAGAAUAUCACAAAGCCAUUGACCAUUACAAAACAGGUUUAGAAAUAAGCUCUGCUAUUGGCGAUCGGUCAGGAAUAGCAAGUAACAAUGGCAAUUUGGGCAGUGCCUAUGUUAGUUUAGGAGAAUAUCGGAAAGCCAUUGACCAUAGCAAAACAGGUUUAGAAAUAAGCACUGCUAUUGGCGAUCGGUCAGGAAUAGCAACUAACAAUGGCAAUUUGGGGACUGCCUAUCUUAGUUUAGGAGAAUAUCAGAAAGCCAUUGACCAUUACAAAACAGGUUUAGAAAUAAGCACUAUUAUUGGCGAUCGGUCAGGAAUAGCAAGUUGGAAUGCCAAUUUGGGCAAUGCCUAUCGACGUUCAGGAGAAUAUCAGAAAGCCAUUCACCAUUUCAAAACAGGUUCAGAAAUAAGCACUGCUAUUGGCGAUCGGUCAGGAAUAGCAACUAACAAUGGCAAUUUUGGCGCCGCAUAUCAUAGUUUAGGAGAAUAUCGGAAAGCCAUUGACCAUUACAAAACAGGUUUAGAAAUAAGCACUACUAUUGGCGAUCGGUCAGGAAUAGCUAGUGACAAUGGGAAUUUGGGCAAUGCCUAUCGACGUUUAGGAGAGUAUCAGAAAUCCAUUGACCAUUACAAAACAGGUUUAGAAAUAAACACUGCUAUUGGCAAUCGGUCAGGAAUAGCAAUUAACAAUGGCAAUUUGGGAAAUGCAUAUCAUAGUUUAGGGGAAUAUCAGAAAGCCAUUGACGAUUACAAAACAGGUUUAGAAAUAAGCACUGCUAUUGGCGAGCGGUCAGAAAUAGCAAGAAACAAUGCCAAUUUGGGAAGCGCCUAUCUUAGUUUAGGAGAAUAUCACAAAGCCAUUGACCAUUACAAAACAGGUUUAGAAAUAAGCUCUGCUAUUGGCGAUCG